GUGUCUACAAAUUCUCAAGGCUGUACUGUUUAGUUCAACUCGACAAGAAACCGAAACGGUUCAACUUGCAAAGCAAGCUUAACCAGGCGUUCUCUCUUGACUUGACUAUUUCCUGUAUUAGGAAGCCAUCUUGUUUAUGCGACAUUACUUUUUCUUUUUAAUCUUUUGUACUUUUUUUCUUUCUUUUUUUUUAUUGUGGGUCUCCUGCUGAAGUUUGGACUUUCUCCUUCUCAAAGCAGCUUUCGAGGAGCAGGACAGGAAGAGGUAGGGGGAGCCUUCAGUCCUGUUAGGAGAGCUCCACAAACAGGAUUGCAACAGUUUGAGGGAGUGAACUGUGUGUUGGCCUGUCUGUGUACGUCUUGCUCCCUCACGCCCCUUGCUCUAGCUCCACUAUCUGACUGGCUUUAACAUUUCAGGAUGGCCAAUAGCAGUCCCGUAAUGCCGUCAGCAGCCCUAUCUCCUGAAUUCUUCCCUUCAAGUGGUUCUUCUCCCCCGGGGUCUGUGGAGACACAGCAUGCCACACCAGUUUCCUUGCCUGCUGUGUAUACACUAGGCUUCCCUGCUGUGGAGACCGUGCUUUCCCAAGGGCCCAGUGGGACCAAUAUGUCUGUCAAUCCUCCUCCACCAGCUGGAGUGUCUUUCAUUAUCCAGAUAGGACUGACACGAGAGUCAGUGCUUCUGCCACAAACAGCAGAUAUUACAUAUGUCAAACAGAUCGCCUGCUCCAUUGUGGACCAAAAGUUCCCUGAGUGUGGUUUCUAUGGGAUCUAUGACAAAAUCCUUCUUUUCAAGCAUGACACAACCACUAAUAACAUUCUUCAGUUGGUCAAGGCUGCAAAUGAUAUCCAGGAGGGUGAUCUUGUGGAGGUUGUGCUGUCUGCGGCUGCUACCUUUGAGGAUUUCCAGAUUCGUCCACAUGCACUGAAUGUGCACUCAUACCGUGCGCCUGCCUUCUGUGAUCACUGUGGAGAGAUGCUUUUUGGCCUAGUGAGGCAAGGGCUCAAAUGUGAUGGUUGUGGGCUGAACUACCAUAAGCGCUGUGCUUUUAGCAUUCCCAAUAACUGCAGUGGGGCAAGGAAGAGACGGCUGUCAACCACAUCUCUCAACAGCAGCCAGUCUCUCCGUCUGUCCACCACUGAAUCCCUCAGUAGUGUAAGCACCAGCACAACCUCAGAGGAAACAAAUCUGAUCCGUUCACACACACAUAUGCCUCGAACUCCCAGUGAGGCACGACGGUUCUACACAUGCCGGCCUGUUCAGCUGGACAAGAUGCUAAUGAGUAAAGUAAAGGUGCCACACACAUUUGCAGUGCACUCCUACACACGGCCCACCGUCUGCCAGUACUGCAAAAGACUGCUCCGGGGCCUGUUCCGCCAGGGACUACAGUGCAAAGAUUGCAAAUUCAACUGUCACAAGAGGUGUGCAUACAAAGUGCCCAAUGACUGUCUUGGAGAAACUAUUGGAGAUAUAUUUAGUCCAGCUGCAGACACAGAAGUACCAAUGGACUACAGUAAUGAAUAUUUGGACUCAGAAAGAACUUCAAUGAUGGAUGAUUCAGAUGAGUCCUGCAGUAUCCCUGGCUCCUUCUCCCCGGACAACAGUCAGGAUGGAGCCAGUGGAGACCAGAGUGCUAAUAUUCCCCUCAUGAGAGUGGUACAGUCAGUGAGACACACCACACGCCGCUCCAGUACAGCUAUUAAGGAAGGAUGGAUGGUCCACUACAGCAACAAGGACACCCUGAGGAAGCGACACUACUGGCGCUUGGACUGCAAGUGUAUCAUCCUUUUCCACAAUGACACCACCAAUAAAUACUAUAAGGAAAUACCUCUUUCUGAAAUUCUGGAAGUAUGCCCAGCAGGUGAUUUCAGUCUGGUGCCCACUGGUGCCAACCCACACUGCUUUGAGAUUGUGACUGGUACCAUACGAUACUUUGUGGGUGAGGACUCCACCUCCUCCCAGUUACUUAGCAUGACAGUACCCAGCUCACCAAAUAGUGUAGGACCCAGUAGUGGAGUGGGACAGGAAGUUGCCAAAGCUUGGGAAAGCGCCAUACGUCAGGCCCUUAUGCCUGUCAUCUUCCAAGACAAUCCACUAUCUGAAGGCAGCACUCCUCACAGACAAGCAUCAGUCAGUAUUUCAGUGUCCAACAGUCAGAUCCAGGAAAAUGUGGAUAUUGGCAUGAUUUAUCAGAUUUUUGCUGAUGAGGUUCUGGGUUCUGGCCAGUUUGGAGUGGUAUAUGGUGGAAAGCACAGAAAAUCAGGAAGGGAUGUGGCUGUCAAGGUGAUCGACAAGCUUCGCUUUUCAACCAAACAGGAGAACCAGCUGAGGAACGAGGUGGCCAUACUCCAGAAUCUGCGUCAUCUUGGAAUAGUGAAUCUGGAGUGUAUGUUUGAAACUCCUGAAAAAGUGUUUGUUGUUAUGGAGAAGCUUCAUGGGGAUAUGCUGGAGAUGAUCCUCUCAAGUGAGAAGGGACGUCUACCUGAGAGGCUCACAAAGUUCCUGAUCACACAGAUCUUGGCUGCCCUGAGGCACCUCCACUUCAAGAAUAUUGUGCACUGUGAUUUAAAACCUGAGAAUGUGUUGCUGUCUUCAGCCGAGCCUUUCCCACAGGUGAAGUUGUGUGAUUUUGGUUUUGCCCGCAUCAUUGGGGAGAAGUCUUUUCGCCGGUCUGUGGUGGGAACACCAGCUUAUUUAGCUCCAGAGGUGCUGCUAAACCAGGGAUACAACCGUUCUCUGGAUAUGUGGUCUGUUGGAGUCAUUAUGUAUGUCAGCUUGAGUGGGACCUUUCCCUUUAAUGAGGAUGAAGAUAUCAAUGACCAAAUCCAGAAUGCUGCUUUCAUGUACCCACCAAACCCUUGGAAACAAAUCUCUCCAGAAGCUACUGAUCUCAUCAAUAAUCUGCUUCAAGUGAAGUUGAGAAAACGGUAUAGUGUGGACAAGAGCCUGAGUCAUGUCUAUUUACAGGAUUAUCAGACAUGGCUGGACCUACGAGAACUGGAAUCAAAGCUUGGUGAACGUUAUAUAACCCAUGAAAGCGAUGAUGUUCGCUGGCAGAUUUUCGCUCAGGAGCACUCACUGCCUUAUCCAGCCCACCUGGUACCUGCAUCAUCUGCCUCUGACAACGAUGAUGCUUGUAUGCAGGGACUGACUGAGCGUGUUAGCAUCCUUUGAAAAAAAUGGAAGAGGAAGCCAAAUGUCAGUUGGAGGGGGCAUUUAGCUAUUUUCAAAGUUGACUUGAACAGUUUUUGGACCUCUUCUCCUCUUUCCUGUUUCAUAUAUCAACUCCCUCCUACCUUCUUUGCACUAUGUCCAACUCGGUUGGGGAAGACACCUCAGCUGUAAUUAUCUUUUCAGACAGGUAGAGGUUCCUUUAUGCCAAACCUUUUCUUAGUUUACAAUACACAAGGUAGGAUGAAGGUAAAAGCAAAUAUAAAUGUGUACAGUGCAAAGAUGCUAAUUUUACAUAUUUCCUUUAAUGCUUCUUUAGCCUCUGAUUCAGUUCACAUUGGUGGUAAGUGUAUAUUCUUCUGCAAUAUGUUUUAAUGGAUUUAAUUUUAUCAGUUUUUCACUGAUGCCAUGUAAUAUGUCAAUUGCAAAUUGGAUGAUUUGUCUACAUACAAUAAAGAACACACUGGUCAGACAAAA